GUUCCUCUCGCGAUGCUGAACUUCUGCUGUGGAAUCCUGAUGCAUGCUGGGAUAUCCUUCCUUUCUCUCUGAGGCCAUUUUUGAGCUGCUAGUGGGUUGGCCAGAAGAGACUAAACCGCAACAAUGGUGGCCGCAAAGAAAACGAAAAAGUCCUUGGAGUCGAUCAACUCUCGGCUCCAGCUGGUGAUGAAGAGCGGUAAAUACGUCCUGGGAUACAAACAGACCCUGAAGAUGAUCCGUCAGGGCAAAGCUAAGCUGGUUAUUCUGGCCAACAACUGCCCGGCCCUCAGGAAAUCUGAAAUUGAGUAUUACGCCAUGUUGGCCAAGACCGGUGUCCAUCACUACAGUGGGAACAACAUUGAACUUGGCACAGCCUGCGGUAAAUACUACAGGGUAUGCACGCUGGCCAUCAUCGACCCUGGCGAUUCUGACAUCAUCAGAAGCAUGCCAGACCAGCAGCAGGGCGAGAAGUAGAAGUCCUUUUUUCCCCCCAAGUUGUUAUAAAUAAACGUGCUGAAAUGGUGA